UCAAAUGUCAAAUAAAGCAUUGGCUGUCAGUUGUGCUCCUCGCCGUCAACAGCUGUAGUUGACAGUCUGAUUUGCUCGGAGAUGGAGAACAUUACAAAGGUCUGGGUCGGUAAGUUGCCCGAGGAUUCGCCAUACGUGAAGCCAUUUCGCAUGUAUUACGUGCAGAAUGGCGUGGAAAAGAACUGGGAUCUGCUGAAAGUGCACGACAGCGUCGCAAUAGUAUUGUACAACACCAGCCGACAAAAACUGGUGCUUGUCCGUCAAUUCCGACCGGCCGUCUAUCAUGGGGUGAUAACCAGCGAAAAGGGCACUUUUGACAAGGUCGAUCUGGCGGCCUUUCCCCCAGCCAUUGGCGUGACCUUGGAACUGUGCGCCGGCAUUGUGGAUAAGUCAAAGAGCUGGGCGGAAAUCGCACGCGAAGAGAUGGUCGAGGAAUGCGGCUACGAUGUGCCCGUGGAGCGCAUUGAGCAAGUUAUGGUCUAUAGAUCUGGCGUUGGCUCAUCGGGUGCCAAGCAGGCCAUGUACUAUUGCGAGGUGACGGAUGACGACAAAGCCAACAGCGGCGGCGGCGUCGGCGAUGAAUUAAUUGAGGUGGUCGAACUCUCCUUGGACGAGGGCAGGCAGAUGGUGCAGCAGGGCGCCGUCAACAACAGUCCGCCCAGCUGCCUGAUGGGACUGAUGUGGUUCUUUGCCAACAAGGCGCCCAAAAGCGCUUAGCCCUCUCUCUUAGCUGUGUUCUCGUCUUAUCAAGCUCAUAAUCACUUGACAACGAUCCGUACACACACACACACCCAGAAACACACUCAGUAACAACUUCAAAUGCUUUCCAACACACACACACACAAAAUACCAGUUAUAAAACGCGUAGCGUAAUCAAAUUUUCAAUGCCUUUCGAGUCUAAACUAUAGUAAAUCCAUAUAUACAUCUA